AAAUUUUCGCAAAUUUAUGCAGAAAAAUUGAACGCAUAUAAUAAUAAGCUAGUGCAGUGCAUUCUCAUAGCAAAGAAAUUACGCCCGAGUGAAGAAAAACAGAAGAGUCGCGUUGCAAGCGAGCAUCCCACAGUUCUAUUUACGUUUUGUUUAUCAACAUGGAAUCUGGCAGCAGUUCGAGCUCGACGUCGGGCAGCAGCUCAUCAAGUGGCUCAUCCAGCUGCACCGAUACGGGCAGCUCGUCGGACACCGACUCGAGCAGUUCGGCAGUCGCCGGUCCCGAGGAAAAGCCACAGCCUGCAAAGACACAACCAGCCGCUGUGCGUCGCAAGGCGACAGUGACGCCGGCAGAGAGUGAGAAGCCGAAAACGGCGGGCAACCACAGCACUCUGAGCUCUGCCUCCAGCAAGGUGCGCUCUGUGGUGGCGGCCAGCAAUCAGCGCAAUGGUGCACUAUCCAGCGACGAUGAUGACGACGACGAUGAGCCGCCAGCGAAGAAGAAUCCACGCACCAUGAGCAACAACGUGGCAUCAGCGGCCGCCCGCCGCAAACCGUCUACAGGAGCGCCGGCCAAGCAGGCAGCGAGCGGAGCAGCCGGUAGCAGCAAAGCGCCGCAGACAGCCAAAGCCACGGCCCAAUCGCAGCGCAAUGGGGACAACAAGCGACCGUCAUUAAGCUCCUCCUCCAUGAGCACGGAUGACUCGCACAAGGAUGUAAAAAACGGACGCAAAGUGCCGCUCAAGCUGGCCAGCACUGCGACCGCUGUGCGGGCCAAGCAAAUACGCGCCAAGGCGCUGCAGGCCAAAACGAAUAGCGCCAGUAACAGCAACAACAAGAACGGACCGACUGCAGCUGCAGCUGCUGCUGCAGCCAGGCGCGGAAAGAGCCGCAGCAGUGAUGGCAGCGAUGAUUCGGAUAGUGGCUCAGGCUCAGAGACCAGCUCCAUUAGCGAGUCGGAAGGCACGGACUCAACCAACUCGUACAGCUCUCAGCCGGCGACGGGCAAAUCGAAUGCCAAGGGCAAGCGCGUUGCUGCUGGAGCCGGCGACAGCGAGGAGGAGCGCAAGGAUAAGGCGAAUCCCAUGCGCAAGCUGACGCGUUCGCUGAGCAUGCGCCGCUCCAAGCAGCAGCAGCUGAAGCCGGGCAGCGAGAGCGAAUCUGAUGCGGAUCUCGAUCAGGAGGACGACAAGCAGCGUGUGCUCUCCAAGAGUCCGGCCAAAAAGCCGCCCACAGCCCACAUCGGACUAAACAGCAAAUGCAAGGUGAAGAAGGAGAUGAACUCAAUGAAGUCGCGACCCGUCUCGCCGGCCGUUCAGCUGGAGAAGAAGUGCCCCAUCGAGGGCUGUGAUUCGUCUGGCCAUUUGAGCGGCAAUUUGGAUCGCCACUUCCUGCCCGAGGCCUGCCCCAUCUUCCACAACAUGUCCGCCUCGGAGUGCAAGGAGCGCGCAAACGAACGCAAGUUGCGCAACGAGAUGCGCCUCAAGAUGCCCAUCAACAUUGUCAGCGCGCCGGGCAAUCAGAACAACAAUCUCAAGUCCCUGACGCCCGAGCAACGUGAGUUCCUGGCCAAAAUACGCGAAUCACGCGCCAAUUUCCGGCCCAUGAGUAACUCCUUCUUGAACGACAAGGUGAAGAUAGAAAAAGACUGCACGGACGAAGAUCGUGAACCAAAUCUCGCUGGCCUGGUGCCCGACUACGAUUUGCAGCUGUUUCGCGAGGCCCAGGCUCUGGCUUCCGAGCGCAUUGAGGACGAGCUCAAAGAUCUGCCCGUUGGCAAGGGCAUCAAAUACAUCAGCAUGGGCAAAUACAAAAUGAAGGUGUGGUAUCAGUCGCCCUAUCCAGAUGACGCCGCCCGCCUGCCCAAAAUGUACAUCUGUGAGUUCUGCCUGCGCUAUCAGAAAUCCGAGACGGGCAUCAAGCGACACGCCCAGAAAUGCGUCUGGCGGCAUCCACCCGGCGACGAGAUCUAUCGCAAGGGCAAACUCCAGGUGUGGCAGGUGGAUGGCAAACGGUAUAAGCAAUACUGCCAACACCUGUGUCUGCUGGCCAAGUUCUUCCUCGACCACAAGACGCUCUACUAUGACGUGGAGCCGUUUCUCUUUUACAUCAUGACACUGGCAGAUGUCGAUGGAUGUCACAUUGUGGGCUACUUCAGCAAGCAUAUUCCCUUUCUGCAGGAGAAGAACUCAUUUUAUAACGUCUCCUGCAUUCUGACUCUGCCUCCAUAUCAGCGCAAGGGCUACGGCAGGCUGCUCAUUGAUUUCAGCUAUCUGCUAACCCGCGUCGAAGGAAAAAUUGGUUCGCCGGAGAAGCCGCUCUCGGACCUGGGUCUCAUAUCAUAUCGCUCAUAUUGGAAGGAUGUGCUUUUGGACUAUCUCUGCAAUCGUUCCGGCAAUACGAUAUGCAUCAAAGAUGUUUCUCAGGAAAUGGCCAUCUAUUCGUAUGAUAUUGUGAGCACACUCCAGGCUCUGGGCAUGAUGAAGUACUGGAAAGGCAAGCAUAUAGUGCUCAAAAAGCAGGAUGUCCUGGAUGAGUAUGAGGAGCGAGUGAAGCGCCGGGGUACGUUUCCCAAAAUCGACGACUCCUGCCUGCGCUGGCAGCCCUUUAUACCGGCUCAGCCGAGCGCCUCACCUUAACCACGUGGUUGGAAGCACGCCCAGGUGUGCUUGGCGGACUCUUCGUAAAUCUGUAUUUUCAUAGAGAUUCAUUAUAAUUUGUGUAUAUUGCUUAAGGCCUCAAGUAUUGUUGUAUUUGUUGGUAGCUAAUUAAUAAUU